AUGGAGCUCACUGGAAAAUUAAUGGAGGCACUUGGGAAUUUGGCAUUCGACAGAGGAAGUAAGUAUUUCUAUUUGGUUGAUAAUCUAAGGUCGCUCGAAACGAAGUUGCAAAGAUUACGCAACAGGAAAAUUGACUUCGAGUCGAAAGUGAAAGUUGCAGAAAGAUCUGGUACUAAGAAAAGGAAAAGGGAGGUUGAGAAUUGGUUUGAUGAGGUAGCCAAAAUGGAGAAUGAAUUCGUUGCAUUGAAAACGAGCAUACAAGAGGGAGGAUUUCUAGAAAAUGCAAUUAGCAGUGGGAAAAGAGUGGAGAAAAUGGACGGGAUUGUAGAGCAACUGAUGGUGCAAAGUGAUAGUGAUCAUUUUGGUGAGCUUUGCCUCGAGGCUUCUGAGAGCAGAGGUGAGCCACGAGAGACAACAGAAUUAUUUGGAGAAAUGUUUCGCAAAGGUCUGGAAAGAAUCCUGGCAUGGUUGGACACCAACGAGAUCUUAAGGAUUGGGAUCUGGGGGAUGGGAGGUGUGGGUAAGACUACUUUGGCGGAACACAUCCAUAAUCACCUCCUUAAGAAUACUCAAUCCAAGGUUUAUUGGAUUUCUGUCUCCCAAGAUUUUACCAUCAAAAGGCUGCAAGGUGAUGUUGCUAAACACUUAGGGCUUGAAGGUGAUCUGUCAAACGUGGAUGAUGAAGGAGUAAGGGCACUUAGGUUGCGUGACGCAUUCGAGAAAAUGGAGGAAAUGGUAGUGCUCAUGUUGGAUGAUGUUUGGGAAGAAUUUCGUUUAAACAGCUUAGGGAUUGGUGCAAGAAAUUGCAGACUGAUUUUGACUACACGCUCAGAAGAAGUGUGCAACCGCAUGCGAUGCCAAAGCAAAUUUGAGUUGAAAACUUUGGACACAGAGGAAGCUUGGGGUUUGUUCGAGCGUACACUUGGCAGCGAGACCGUGCUUGAUGGAGAUUUGGAAGGUAUUGCCAAGUCCAUCACGGAAAGGUGUGGUGGUUUGCCUCUUGGUAUUGUCGUAAUGGCUGGGAGCAUGAUAGGUGUGACCGACAUCCAUGAGUGGAGAAAUGCAUUGGUAGACUUGAAUAGAGUAGAGCACGGUAAGAUGGAAGAAAAGGUGUUUCGCAUCCUGGAACGGAGUUUCAAUCGCCUGGAUAAAUAUGAAAGGAAUUGCUUCUUGUAUUGCUGUCUUUAUCCGGAAGAUCGGAAAAUAAGAAGAGAGGAACUAAUAGACCUGUUUAUUAGGGCAGAGCUGAUGUCAAAACGGGAAUCAUGGUCAGAAGAAUUUGAUCAAGGUCACACAAUAUUAAACAAACUGAUUAGAGUUUGCUUGCUGGAAAAAACUAAAGAUUCCGAAGGGGAUGACUGUGUGAAGAUGCAUGAUUUGGUCAGAGAUAUGGCAUUAAGGAUCACAACGCAUGGAAACUCCAACCUACAGAUGAACGGGGAUGUACCACGGUUCUUGGUGAAAAGCAUAGGAAAGGGAAAUUCCAAAGUAACACUGGAACCAAAAAAAUGGACAGAAGAUCUCCAUGCAGUCUCCUUUCAUUCAUUUUCAUAUCCACAACCAAAAAUAGAAAUUCCGCCAGCCUGGUCACCAAAUUGUCCUAAGCUCUCAACCUUGCUUCUUUCUUGGGUUUCCAUAAAAGAAAUCCCAGAUUCAUUCUUUCGGCACAUGUGUGGACUUAAAGUUUUGAAUCUAUCUGAGUGCCAAGGUAUAACAGAGCUGCCUGAUUCUGUUUCAAACUUGGUGAAUCUCACUGCUUUGAUUUUGGAGGGUUGUGAAGGCCUCCGAUUUGUGCCACCACUGGGAAAGCUCAAGCAAUUGAGGGAUUUGGACCUAUCAAGUACUAAGAUUCAGGAUUUACCUGAAGGUUGGGAGUCACUGGUCAACCUCGAAAGGCUUCACUUGAACAGGUGUUGGGAUUUAAGUCAAAAGAUAAUACCAAAAGGGACAUUUUCCCAAUUGCACCGUCUUCAACUGCUAUUAUUGCCACUCUAUGGUAGCGUACAAGUUAAUGAUCCAGAAGUGUUGAACCAGUUAGAAAGUUUUAAAGGAUAUUUGUCUUCUAUGGACUUCUAUAAAAUUACUCGGUGGCCAAAAUACUAUACUGUUUAUGUCAAUGACAUCUUAACUAAGCAAACGUUUCAUGCCCUUAACCAGCAACAAUUGCAUUUCCAUCAGUGUGAGCUUGGUAGAGGAUCGAACUAUCUGCCAGAUAAUAUGAAACGUCUGACAAUCGAGGAUUGUAAGGGCAUAGGCAUUAGGUGCUUGUCAGAUGUUUUUAAGAAUUUUAUAAAUUUAAAGCACUUAUCUGAAUUGAAAAUUAUAGAUUUGGUUGGAAUAGAGUUCCUCUGGCAAUUGUCCUCUGCUUCUCCACGUGGUCAGUUGGAAGUCUCGUCUUUCAGUCCACUCCGUGGUCUCGAAGAGCUACGCCUCUGGAGUUUGCCAAAUCUGGUUGGUCUUUUUUACGGAGAAUCAAAACCAUAUUUGCUUCCAGCUGGCACCUUUUCUUCCCUUAAAGUAUUGUGGAUUUUUACAUGUCACAACAUGAAGCAGCUAUUCACAGUGCAGUUGCUGCAGAGCCUUCAAAAUCUUGAAGUAUUAUACGUUAAAGAUUGUGAAGGACUGGAGGAGAUAGCAGCAGAUGGCAAUGGAGUAGGACAAGGAGGAGGAGAAGGCACCCAAUUGACUUCAAGUGAAGGAGCCACCGCCACUGUCAUCCUUCCGAAAUUAUGGCGGUUGCGUCUGACUAGCCUGCCACAACUGAAGAACAUUUGCAAGGCAGCCAUGAUCUGCAAUUCAAUUGAGGAUAUUGGAAUAUUUAAUUGUCCAAAUUUGAAGAGGCUGCCUCUAUUUCUUUCCACCAUCAAUGGACCACCAUAUUUGCUUCCAGCUGGCACCUUUUCUUCCCUCAAAGAAAUGUGGAUUUCUGAAUGUCACAGCAUGAAGCAGCUAUUCACAGUGCAGUUGCUGCAGAGCCUUCAAAAUCUCGAAAAGUUAAUAGUUAAAGAAUGUGAAGGACUGGAGGAGAUAGCAGCAGAUGGCAAUGGAGUAGGACAAGGAGGAGGAGAAGGCAUCCAAUUGACUUCAAGUGAAGGAGCCACCGCCAAUGUCAUCCUUCCGAAAUUGAGGUGGUUGAGUCUGACUAGCCUGCCACAACUGAAGAACAUUUGCAAGGCAGCCAUGAUCUGCAAUUCAAUUGAGGAUAUUGCAAUAUUUAAUUGUCCAAAUUUGAAGAGGCUGCCUCUAUUUCUUUCCACCAUCAAUGGACCACCAUCUCUUCCCAGCACUCUUCAUAAAAUGAAGGGAGAUAAAGAAUGGUGGGAAUCGUUAGAGUGGGACUAUCCUAGUGCCAAAAAGGACCUUGACCCAUACUUUACCACAGAGUGA